AUGUCACCCUACGAUCGAAGCCUCAAUGUUGUCAUUAUUGGCGCCGGUCCAGCUGGUAUCGCCAUGGCCUAUCGGUUGAAACAUGAUCUGGGAUUUGUAGAUUUCACGAUUUAUGAGAAGUUAGAUGGAGUUGGUGGAACUUGGAGGACCAACACGUACCCCGGAUGGUAUGCUCAACUGGCUGGCUCGUAUGCGCAAAAGAAUAGAGCUGACUUCUUCCAAAGUGGCUGUGAUCUACCUUCGCAUCUUUACUCUUUCAGUUUUAAUCUGAAUCCGAACUGGUCAAAACAACUCUGUGAGCAACCAGAGAUACUACAGUAUAUGGAAGAUACCGUUGACAAGUUUGAUUUACGGCAGCAUAUUCAUUCGGAAGUAGAGUGCAUUGGAGCCAAAUGGAACGCAGUGAAGGAGAAAUGGGACGUGCAGUUAAAGGACCUCAGGACAGGGAUUCAAUUCGCCAGGGCCGCCUCAGUCUUUAUCUCGGCAGUUGGUGCCAUCUCCUUCCCAAGAGAUGUCAAAUUCCCAGCGAUGGAGAAGUUUCGCGGUGCAAUGUUCCAUACAGCUCGAUGGGAUCAUUCCGUUGAUUAUACUAAUAAAAGGGUGGCCGUGAUUGGAAAUGGAUGCAGUGCCGCUCAAGUUGUUCCAUCUGUUGCCAAGAAAGCAAGCCUUGUCAAGCAGUACGCGAGAAGUGGACAAUGGUAUCAUGCACGACCGAAUCAUCAAUUCACAAGCUUGGAGAAGUUUAUGUUCAAGUGGCUUCCACUUUGGCAGAGACUCUUGCGUCUAUAUAUCUUUCUUGACGCCGACGAGCAAACCACAACCUACUUUCCCACACCCAAAGGUGUUAAAGCAAGAUUUGCAGCUGAAGAGGAGUCAAGAAAAUACAUUCAAUCCUUGACACCGAAAAGAUAUUGGGACUUGAUUGUACCAAAGUUCCCGCUGGGCUGCAAGCGACGCAUCUUUGAUCCCGACUAUCUCGUCUCGCUUAACCGACCGAACGUCGAACUCUUGAAUCAUGGAAUUCGGGAAAUGACAGAGUCCGGCAUCAUCAGCUCUGGCGGUGUCCAGGACGAUUUUGAUAUCAUUGUGCUUGCAACCGGCUUUGAGGUGGCAAAAUUCCUGACUCCAAUGGAAAUUAUUGGAGCCCAUGGAUCCUCAUUAUCUGAACAAUGGAACGAAUCUCGGGGCGCUCAGGCAUAUCUUGGAACUUAUGUGCAUAAUUUCCCAAAUCUCGCGAUUUUGUUUGGACCAAACACCUUUCCAGCAAAUAAUUCGGCUCUAUUUGCUUGCGAAACCCAGGUCAACUAUACUGUACAGACGUUGAUAAAACCUCUUCUCUCCCGGCGGGCGACAAUUAUUGAAGUGAAGCAAGCCGCUGAAGAUCGUGAGACACAAGCUAUUCAUCAAGGCUUACAAAAAACUGUCUUCUCAGGGGAUUGCUCGAAUUGGUAUAUUGGAGCCCACGGAAGGAAUGCAGCAUCAUGGCCUGGACGAGCAAUAUCUUUCUGGUGGAGAACCUAUUUUCCUGACUGGGAAGCAUUCAAUAUGGAGGGAGGAUCCAAGUUCUGGUGGUUCAGGUCACUGAGAAGAGGCGUGCAAGACAAAUGGAUAUUACUGUUGUUUGCAGUCAUCCUCUUCACCAACAGCAGCUUGCUGUCAAGAAUUUUGUUGAGAGGGCUCCCCGAUAUUGCGGGUGCUACAUCCACGAAGUUUCAAGAUUGA